AUGAGGGGAACAGUGGAGCAGUGCCUGGAAUCCUGCCCCCCACCCCCAGAAGUGGCAGCUGAGCCCACAACCCCAGGUAGCAGCAGGGGAAGUGGCAUACUGGCUUACCAGCUGCCAUGGCACUCAUGGCCACACAUAACUGGGCAGCAGCAGCAGCAGCAGCAGGACCUGUGGCCCCAUCCCUCCAGCCAUGGGGGCACCAAGACUCUGGCCCCCAACCCCCACUUGCAGCAGCAGCACCCAGGAACCCAACUCAGGCAGCUCAGGCUAACGUCCCGCUCUGGAGGGCUCCAGGCUGGAGAAAGACGGGAAGAACUGAGUCAGAAUAAGAACGAGGAGGCGGGGUCAGCCCCUCCUCCCCCACCUCCCGGGGGUUCUCGGGCGCUCAGGCGGCCGCCUCCGCCCUGCGGCCCGGCUCCCCGCGCCCCCGGGCCCUUGGGACAGGGCCACCCCCGGGAGCACGAGCGGCGGUCCCGCAGGGCGCAGGCGCCGGCCUCGGGGCACGACUCCCCGCGGGGCGCCCCUGCGGCUGCGACCGGCUUCCCACGGCCACCAUCACCGGCGGCCCCCUCGCCCGGCGCCCGCACCGCGGCCCCGCGGGGCGCGUUUCCUCACCUCCUUCCCCUUUCCCCAGCGGCCCCCAGGUCUCUACCUGCACCCCAGCCGCUCCCCGCAACUCCAAAGGGCCCCCUUCCAGUUCCGGAUCCCACCACCCCGCCCGCGGCGCCCAGUCCUCCUUCCAUCACAGAAGGCGGGGCUCAGGACGCUCCAGAGACGCGCAGAGAGAAAACCCGCGGAGGCCCCCGCCGUGAGAACGCGCGGGAGUGGCCGCCACCGCUGGCGGCGCUCGGAAGGCUGCGUAGUGGACAGGGGCCCGGACCCCAGGCUGUUGACCUGGGCAACAAGCCAAGCGUUCUGCGUGAUUGA